ACAGGUGAUCUCCCCGCCCGAGAGCUACCCCGCCCUGGAGGCCCCGUUCGAGGAAUUUUCGUCCAAAUCGGGCAUCGACACACACACGCUCGGCCAAAACUUUGUCGUGUUUCCCCACAAGUCCGGCCGGGGGACGGUGAUACUCAUCGACUCCGAAGGCAGCAACAAUCCGAAGCGGGGCGGGUUGAGCGAAAAGUUCGACCAGCAGCUCUUUACCAUCGCGUACGGGCUUUCUUCGGUGGUGAUGUUCCGCCCCAACGCGGUCCGUGUCAACGACGAAGCGUGCCUUAUCCUGAGUAAAAACGUACCCACACCAUAGUUGUCAUGCAAAUCUGCAUGCUUAAAAUGUUUGUCAUGCGGAGCCCCAUGAGAAGCAUUUUCUAAGGGUGUUUUGAAAUUUGUCAUGCUCCAAUCAGCAUGAGAGACUAGAUCUGUAAUGCUGCUGAACUAGCACAAACAGCACUACACUACGCGUCCAAAUUUGUCAUGCGAAACAAGCAAAGUUGGCCGAUUUGUCUAGCAGAUUUUCCAUCUUGACUCUGGUGUGGGUACGUUUUUACUCAGGAUAUGCCUGAACAUGCUGGAAACGAGCUUGACUGUGUAUCAAAAUGAAAAUAAAUCCCCCCUCCCCACACUGCAGCGGAGAUUUGUGUAGCAUGAUUUGAGACCACGAAUCCUGUUGUCAUGCCAGAAGGCAAAAGAACCGGACUCUAGAAGUGCUGGGUGGCGUAGGAGAGCCCUGAUGCGUCUUCAGCAUGACAGGAGGCCAAUGGUGGAAAUGGAAAACAGCAUGACAAUAUAUGCCUGCAAAGGAGGGAGCAACUGCGUCUCUUGGCCUUCUAGCAAUACGAGUCGACUUGUGUACUAAAAUACAGCAGCACAAAUUUCGUUUUCGAUAUGGGGAGGGGGGAUUUAUUUUCCUUUUGAUACUGUCGUACGGAACGCGCUGCGGAAAACCGCGGAAGUCGGGGCAGCAGCAGCUGGUGCCAAGGGGACGUUGCUGAACCAAAAAUCGCGGGAUGUUGCUGGCGAAAAGGACCACAAAAAUAAAUCCGUAUUCGUUUUGAUCCGCGACAGCGAGACGGAGGACGAUGACGUGGCCGGGCGGCGGGAAAUUUUGCAAAACGCACUGCUGAACAAUCCGGAACGGAAGAACAUGUUCCAGUCGAACGAGUACCAGUUCAUUCUGCCCACCAGCUCGCCGACGGACAUUCGGGAAGCGGACACCGAGGAGAGCCCGAUAUUUUUGUUCGAAAACCCGGAGGAGCACCUGAUGCGGGGUAAGGGCGGCAAGCGCCAGAAGUUUGACAACAACGUGAUCAAAGCGCUGGAGGGUCAAUAUGAGAGUGCACAACAACUCCCCCUCUCCUCAUUUGUGUGGCGUGAACAGCAAUACAAACACCGGCACACGUGGAGCCUAUGCAUGACAAAUUUCUGUACCUGAUGUAGUACUGUUUGGGCGUCCGGAAUUUGCCGUGCAUAAUACUGACGCAGGGAAGCUGCAACUGGAUUUGGGCUUUUGCAUGAGAAAUGAGGCCGAGGGGGAGUUGUGCACUGUCAUAGUCAGCCGGACAGCAUCGAGAGGAGCGACCCCUUCCGCCGGACGUUCGACCGCCUGCUCCGGAAAGUGGAGUAUCAAAUGUAAAAAUGUCUGGGUCUGGAAGAAAAAGAAUGCAUGUUUGUCAUGCUUGUCUGGCAUGAAGCUUAAAUCUGUCAUGCACGUUGCCCAAGAGCCGCAUUUUUCUGUCCUGCGGAGACGCAAUUUGUCAUGCAGAAUAGGCAACACCUACAAGCUCAGAAAUUUGUCAUGCUGAGCCAGCACUUGUGGCCUCCUCAUGCUACGCCACUUAGCAUCACAAGUUUCCAGACCCAGACAUUUUUGCAUUUGAUAUGGAGCAGUCGCUGCGGGCGCUGCAGGUGGGCGAUGCCACGGUGCACACGGGGGCGCAGCUGGUCACCAUCCUGCAGGGCUUGGUAAAAAACGUGAACAGCGACGCCAAGGACAUUUAUCCGGACGUGAGCAGCGAUGCGCUCGGGAUCCAUAUCAAAAGGAAAAAUCCCCCCUCCCCAUAUCGAAAACGAAACUUCUGAUGCUGGAUGUGGAUACACAAAUCGCGUUUGUCUUGCAGCAGAGGACUGCAGGCAGAUGCCAAGCCUGAGACGAGAGGUUUUUACGUAGGUGCCUAGCAUGACAAACGUCUAUGCUGUAGGCCCAGCAGCAUCUUCAAAAGCCGCCUACAUAGUGCGGCGGACUCUCUACUAGAUUUGCCUUCUUGCAAGACAAACAGGAUUAUUUGUGGUCACAAAUCUACAUCACAAAUUUAUUUCAGGCGCAUGCGUGUUCAAUAUGGUGAGAAGGGAUUUUUCCUUACGAUAAUCCAGAAGAAGCAGUUCGCGGAUUUGGUCGCCAAUAUCCAGUAUCCUGUGCAAAAGUAUCGUACUCGUAUUGCAAUCAUGCAUUGUUAAGGUAAAUCCGCAUUACAAAUUUUCUUUCUCAUGCUGAGGAAAUUUGUGAUGCAUUUCUACGAGUACGAUACUUUUGCAAUUCAUAUCCAGGCGAAGCUUCUGCCAGCGUUGGUCACCUCUCACGUGCAGGACCGGACGCCGGAAGUUCUUCGUUCCACAGAUGAUGAUGAAAGCGUAGCCAGCCUCCGGAUAUCAAAUGGAAAAGUGUCUGGGUCUGGAAGAAGGCAAGUUUGUCAUGCUUGUCUGGCAUGACUCGAGAAUCUGUGUUGCAUAGGCAGGAGAAAGCCCUCUUACCUGUCACGCAAAAACGCAGUUUGCCAUGCGGAAUACGUAAGACAUGGCAGCCAAAAAAUUUGUCAUGAGUAGCUGCGUAUUGCAGUGCGUCUAUCAUUCACUUCUAGCAUUACAAGUUUCCAGACAUCCAGACAUAUUUGCAAUGCAUACCGGACUGUAGUCCACCAGGGACAAGCGACUGCGACGACGUCCAAGCUCAUUCAGCUCCCACUCUCGGCCUUCGUUUCCUCGCGAAUUGGUAGUGCAACACCGGACGAGGAUAUGGAAAAAAGUUGUUUGUCACCGUCACUAAGUUGCAGGCUUUGCAUUUUUACAAUUUUUUUUGGCGUCGCAGCUUUUCGUCCUUGUAUAAUUGCAGAAACAAACACUUCUAGGGAAAUCCCUUAUGAAGUUUGGCUGUGAAGAUGCAUAAUUUUUGCGCAUGGCCCCCGAACGUUUUGCAUUCGCAAAAAAGCGCGUGAGUUAUCGUGGCGAACUUUUUUCGUUUGAUAGAGGAAGUUAUCAAAUGCAAAAAUGUCUGGUUCAGGAAGAUUUUGAGAUUUGUCAUGCUUGUCUGGCCUGACCAAAAAGUUUGUGAUGCGUGUCCAAGAAGAGACCCUUUUGCCUGUCAUCCAAAAACGCAGUUUGGCACGCGAAAAACCCAAUACAAAGAAGCGCAGAUGUUUCUCAUGCUUGCCUGUGCAUUACAGAGCAUUCACUAUUCCCAAAGCAGCAUUACAAGUUUCCAGACCCAGACAUUUUUGCAGUUGAUAGAAGUGUUUGCUUGGUGGAGCCGCGUGGUCGUGCCGGCAGUGGAGAGCGCGCUCUUUAUAUCACCAGAAAAAAGUGUUACAGCUACACAUUUGUUGGAGUUUCCGCAUCACAAAUUUUCUCUGUGCGGCACAGAAAACUUGUAAUGCGAAGAUCAUAAGGGAAAACAGGAAGGAAACGAGGCGCCCAAGCAUUUCCUGCAUGAGAAUGGUUGUCCGUGUUACCGGUCUUGCAACACAAUGUGUGACUGUAACACUUUUUUCUUGCGAUACUUUAUCGACAGUACCACGGGAAAACUGAGAGAACCAGAUUCAUCUUCCGCGAAUCUGUUUCUGGUGAACGAAGCACUGUGGGCACAGGAGGCGGUUGCGUUUGUGUAUCAAAAGGAAAAAUCCCCCCUCCCCAUAUCGAAAACGAAAUUUGUGAUGCUGGAUUUGAGUACACAAAUCGACUUGUAAUGCUAGAAGGCCAAGAGACGCAGCUGUGGCCUCGUUUGCAGGCAAUUUGUCAUGCUGUUUCCCACUUCCAGCUGCCCCCUGUCAUGCUGAAGAUGCAAGGCUUUCCCACGCCAACCAGCACUAAAGUCCGCAUCUUUUCCCUUCUAGCAUGACAAAGAUGUGGCCACAAAUCUGCAUCACAAAUUUCUAGUUUGAGUAUGGGGUGGGGGGAUUUUUCACUUUGAUAUUGUGAACCGGGAGGUCAAGGCCCACGGAUCGAUUCAGCAGCUGAAGGCGAGGAGCAGUGUGUUUGCGAACUUGGUAGCGCAAGCGACGGCGGCAGAAAAAAAGGUGACGGACUUUUUCGAGACCGAGUUUAGCAAGGCCGCGGACCAAAUUCUCACAAGCUUGGAGAAGGUUUUCUCCGUGGAAAAGGUCGGCCGACGGAAAUUUCUCAACUUUGCCGCGGCAGGCAAUUUUUAUGCGGCUUGGCGGUUUGGAAGCAUCUAUACCGAGUUCGCGUCUUCGUCUGACGAGGACCUACGCUCUAUUGCUGUGGCGCGCAAGGUAUCAACUGUAAAAAUGUCUGGGUCUGGAAGAUUUCCAGGUUUGUCACGCAUAUUUCGCAUGGGCUAUGAUGCCUGUAAUGCAUGACCUAGCAUGACAGAUUUUCUGCGGGUAUCUUGAUGCCUAUCCCGCAUGACAAAUGCUCUCUCCGCGGAGCAAAAACUGGACGCCUCUUGCUGCUCAUGCAAUACAGGUUUUCUUAGAUUCCAAAAAUAGCAUCACAAGUUGCAUUCUUCCAGACCCAGACAUUUUUGCAAUCCAUACAAGGCGGACCAGUAUCGAAACGGUGAGGCGUAUCCUGAGUAAAAACGUCCCCACACCAGAGUUGUAAAUGCAGAUUUGCAAAGACAGGAAGACUUGUAAUGCGCAUCCCCAUGAGAGCCAUUUCCAGUCGUGUUUUGGAAUUUGUGAUGCUGUGAACAGGAUGAGCAGAUGAAUCUGUGAUGCGGCUGCACUUGCUAACCCGCACUACGCUGCAGAGUGCAACUUGUCAUGCGUGACUCACAAAACUCUUAGGUUUGUGUUGCAAAAUCCCCAUCCUGACCCUGGUGUGGGUACGUUUUUACUCAGGAUAAGGCGCAGCUUUACCAAGUAGACCACCUGUGGUCUGCCCACUGGGUCCAAGCGGCAAUGCGGGACAUCCUCUUGCGCGUGUGGGUUCAGGGCGAAAAACCGGAGAAACCCUUUUGGUACGACACGAUCCCUGGCGAGGACAUCGGUACCCUCCGGCGGCUGCGGCAAAAGUACGACCUUUUGGGCCAGCUUGCCCGGUUUCAACCCGCGGACAGCCGCCGUGGUCUUAUUUUCCAACGGAGCCAUCAAAUGGUUAUCAAAUGCAAAAGUGUCUGGGUCUGGAAGAAUGCAACUUGUGAUGCUGCAUUUGGAUGUCUAAAAAAUUUGUGUUGCAUGAGCAGCAAAAGGAAUCAUAAUUUUUGCUACGCGGAGAGGGCAUUUGUCAUGCGGAAUAGGCAUUAGGAAGCCCUCUAAAGAUCUGUGAUGCUAGAUCAUGCAUUAGAGGCGUCAUGGAUCAUACAAAAUAUGCAUGACAAGUCUCAGAAUCUUCCAGACCCAGACCUUUUUGCAAUCCAUAAUGGUAGGCGGACCGCAAUUGCGCACUUGGUUGGAAAACUUCCAAGUAGAUGAGAACACCGCGGCGAGAUUAUCGAAGGGAAAAAUCCCCCCUCCCCAUAUCAAAACGGAAUUUCUGAUGCUGGAUUUGUGUACACAAAUCAGGUUUGUAUUGCAGAGAGGCAUUGCGGCCAGAUCCCCAGGCUAGGUAGGGGCGCAUGGGUCUAGUUGUUCAGCAUGGCAAACGGCUCCCCUUUAGGCACAACAGCAUGACAAAUCGCUUCCAUAAUGGGGCGGAAGCUUCUGCCCUUGUCUUCUUGCAAGACAAAUGCGAUUUGUGACCUCAAAUCAGCAACACAAAUUUUCGGAAACAGACCUUUUCGAUAUGGGGAGGGGGGAUUUUUCCUCUUGAUAGAGAUCGAGAAGCAGCGGUGUGGAAGAGGUGGUUGAAAACAACCGCAACAAAAAUCUCGCGUUUCAGGAAUUCAAAAAGAAGGAAGACGAGCUGGCGCGGUCGCUGAACGCUGAACUACGGACAGAAUACGAGAGUAAGGUCCAAGCGCUGAAGCGCGAGGAGCGGGAGCGGCAGGAGCGGGAGCGGCGGGAGGCGAUAGCGCUUGCGGACCUGGAGCGGCGGG